AUGUCUGAAAAUUGGUUUGACACCAAUCUUGAUGUUUGGAUUGAAGCAAUCGAAGAUCAUACCUUCAAGACCCGUAUGGUUGCUUUGUCAAGAGACCAAAUAUGUGCCAUUAUUAGCGACCAUGAAUAUUUCACUUCGGAAGAGAAUGAACAACUGAAACAAUCGGUCGGAAUGGAUUUGAUGAUGAGUUUUGAUGUUGAACGCAAGAACAGUAUUUUGCAAGAAUUGGAAAAGUCGGUCAACCAUGAAAUGCAACAAUUAAUGAACAAGAACGGAUGCAACACCGAAGGAUGUUUCAUUAAAUUAUCAUGUCGAUCUCCAAAAGAUGCAUUCGCAGUUUGUGAAAAGAUGCAAACUAUCUUUGCAGGCAGGAUUGGUCAGUUCAUUCAAGAGAAUGGAAGAAAGCCUUCAGAAAAUGAGAGAUUAAUUGCAGUGAAUGAAGCUUUUAUUCAAUCCAUGAAAGUGACUAGUUUUGCUGAGGAAUAUCACUAUUUUAAAAAGUCAGCUCGAGUGUUGGAAGAUUUCAUGCUCUACUUGAUUCGAUCUAAAUCUCAUUCAAAUCUCGAUCCUAUUCAAAUCAUUAUAAGAGAAUGGGUGGAAAUUCCCAUUCAACAUGAAUUUCGAUCUUUUGUGAAAAACGGAAAGCUUACAGCGAUAUCUCAAUAUUUUGAUACUUGUUAUUUUCCAGAGCUCGUUCUACAUGCAUCAGAAAUUAAGGAAAAAUUAAUUGAUUUUUUUAACACUCACAUAGGAUCAUCCAUUCCAAUGAAGGAUUACAUUUGUGACUUUGCCAUUUCAAGCGAUGGAAAAGUUUAUGUUGUGGAAUUGAAUCCAUUUUCUUCAACCACUGACGCAUGUUUAUUUAGUUGGUCAAAGGACUCUUCUAUUUUGAAUGGCCUUAAUGGAGUUAGCAUUGAAAUGAGAGUCAAGAAGAAAGAAGAAAAACAUUUGAAGCAUGAAAUCCUUUCGGUAUGGAUUCCCUUUGUUUGUGGGCACUAA